UACAUUAGAUAAACACUGAGGACGUAGUUAUCUCAAAAACUCAAAACCUUCAUUAUUAUUGAUAUUACCUCGUCAUUCUCAAAUAUUUGUUCUUUUAUAUAUAAAACUACGGUGUGAUCUCACUAUCUCAUCAUCUUUCUCUCUUCUUUUCAUUUUUCGUUUUUCAAGAACUUCAGUUUUACAACAUUGAAAUUUCUCUCUUUCUGGAAACUAAGGCAUUGCUGUAAACAUAUAAAUGAAGAUUAAGGAUAUUAUUUUGGGUUUGGUGUGCUUGAAUGUGAUCACACUUGCAGUUAUUGCUAGUAGUCCCCUUACUUGUCCUGCUGAUCUUGGAAAGGAAUGUGCCAGUGAUGGUGAAUGGAAGGGGGAAUUCUUCCCUGGCAUUCCUGAAAUCAAGCAUGAGGGUCCUUUCAGCAAGAACCCACUUUCGUUUAAAUGGUACAAUGCGGAGGAAGAGAUUCUUGGAAAGAAAAUGAAGGAUUGGAUGAGAUUUAGUGUUGCCUUUUGGCACACUUUCCGUGGAACAGGAGACCCUUUUGGUGCACCUACCAAGGUCUGGCCAUGGGAAGACGGUACUAAUUCAUUGGCAAUGGCCAAAAGAAGAAUGAGAGCAAACUUUGAAUUUAUUCGGAAGCUUGGUGUAGAUUUAUGGUGCUUUCAUGAUAGGGACAUUGCCCCAGAUGGAAAAACCUUGGAGGAGUCCAAUGCAAAUUUGGAUGAAGUGGUCGCUUUGGCAAAAGAACUUCAGGGAAACAAAAUCCAUCCUUUGUGGGGCACAGCUCAGUUGUUCAUGCAUCCUCGCUACAUGCAUGGUGCUGCUACUAGCUCCGAUGUAGGUGUCUAUGCUUAUGCCGCAGCCCAAGUCAAGAAAGCCAUGGAGGUCACACAUUAUCUCGGUGGUGAAAAUUAUGUCUUCUGGGGUGGUCGCGAGGGUUAUCAAACUUUAUUGAACACCGAUAUGAAAAGAGAGCUUAAUCAUUUGGCAAGAUUUUUGGAAGGUGCUGUUGCCUGGAAGAAAAAGAUUGGAUUCAAAGGGACUUUACUGAUCGAGCCAAAGCCUCAAGAACCAACUAAGCACCAGUAUGACUGGGAUGCGGCAACUACAGCUGCAUUUCUACUAAAAUACGGACUUUCUGGUGAAUUCAAACUCAACAUUGAGUGCAACCAUGCUACACUUUCUGGUCACAGCUGCCACCAUGAGCUUGAGACCGCCAGAAAUUUUGGGAUGCUUGGAAACAUUGAUGCAAACACCGGAGAUCCUCAGAUUGGAUGGGAUACUGAUCAGUUCCUUACUGACAUUGGAGAAGCAACUCUGGUUAUGCUCAGCGUUGUCAGGAAUGGAGGACUAGCACCAGGAGGAUUCAACUUCGACGCAAAAUUACGACGAGAGAGUACCGAUGUCGAAGACUUGUUCAUCGCUCAUAUCUCAGGAAUGGAUACAUUGGCCCGCGGACUUCGAAAUGUUGCCAAGCUGCUUGAGGACGGAUCACUAACUGAGCUUGUUCGUAAGCGGUAUGAGAGCUUCGACACAGAAAUUGGUGCCCAGAUAGAGGCUGGAAAGGCUGAUUUUGAAGCACUUGAGAAGAAGGCAAUGGAAUGGGGAGAACCGAAGGUUGGCUCUGCAAAACAGGAAUUGGCUGAAAUGCUUUUCCAAUCAGCACUAUAGCUUAUGUUAAGUACAGAGUUCUUCUUUUACCAGUCUGUAGAGGUUUGCUGAACGAAGUGACCCCAUUGAAAAAGAAGGAAAUAAAUAUGUAUGGACUGACUACUGUUAUAGUCUGUUUUGAAAAAUUAUUGGAAACCAAAUGGUGAUACUGUAAUAUGAACAAGUUCCAAGUUGAAAAUUAUUUCAACCGUCUCUCAAUUUCGAUUAUAGCUGUUCCAUAUGAGUUUCAGACCGAUCUUCAUCUUUGAUUUAAAUCUGUUAGGUCAUUUUGCUCGUAUGCCUUCAGGAGUUGUGGUCUGAGACGGGAUGAGUUAUGGUAUAUCAAUUUUUCUUUCAAGUCU